AUGGCUUGGCCGUACUCCAAAAAAGGAAAGCUUCGGUCUUGGCUGAGGUUCUUGUAAGAUUUUAGUUCAAUAUAUUUCUUGAUGUCGGUUUCAUAAGGCGUCUGUACAAUUUUUUUAGAGAGGAUUCUCUGCUGAACCAUGGGAAAAUUGAAGAAUUUUUCAUCGAUCCGAAGUCUGUCGUUGAUCAAGAACGGCGAAUAGAUCAUUUGGCCUUUUUUUUUGUUGUAGCGGACGAGUUUUGAGCGUUUCGACGUUCAGCUGCAUCCGUGUUCCCCAUUAGAUUUCAGAAAAGAAGUCAUUGAAAAAAAAUUCUGAUUUCAAUCUAACAAAAGUCUUUCAAAAGCUUUACUCUGACCAGAUCAUAUCUAAGCUCACAAAUAUUUUUUGAAAAAACAAAUUGUUUUUCGUGACCACAGGGACAGGAUCUAUAUACCCUUCAAAAAAAAUGAACUCGAUCGGAGACUAUGAAAUUUUCGCCUUUUGAGGGUCCAUAACUUUUUUCACGGACGUAUAUGGCAGCUUUUGAGACCGGAUUUGGAAUCAGCAUAAAAAAAUACAUCUAGAAAACGUGGUGUCAUUCAGAAGUCCCACUGAGAGCUGAGACCAUUCCCUGGUGAGCUUAGAGCUGAUUCAAAAUGGUUCUGAUCCAACUGUAAAAAGAGAGUUUCAAUAAGUUGAGUAAAUAAGUCCCCAAGUCGUCCCGUCGCCAUGGACCGAGUAAACAGCCGCCGACGCAGACUAACACGUCUCAUUAUUUCGGACGCUACUUGUAUAACACGGCUGACCGCCGUCCCCGGGCAUGUCAGCCGCGCAGAAGGCGUCGCUCGGCCCGCCGAAAGAGGAGAAGAGAAGCGAGAAGGAGAGCUCCAGCCGGCUUGA